AUGUCAUCGUGGUACUCGAGGAUCCUCACCAACACCACCUCCCAGAUUUCGAGCUUGCAGAGCCGACUGCUCCAGAGCGAAAAUGACGGCGACACCGAGGACGACACUCACGUCUGCAGAGUGCUGAGAGCAUACUACACCGAGCAGGGCCGCGCCUUCCCCGGAUGGCUGCCGCCCGACCCCAAGGCACCGCCGCCAGCAGCUCCCGUCUACGCCCAGCCCGCUUCUCAGGUCGGCUCUCGAUACGGCGGACUUCAGCAGCAACAACAGGCCGGCCCCAACACGGGACUGAGCUCGCUGUGGGAUAACAACAACGCCGCGCCGCCGCCGCGGCAGGACCCCGUGAGCCUUCGACAAGGCCGCGGCGCGCCGCCCCCGAUGCGAGGCGGCGAGCAGCCCGCGCGACUGAGCCCAUUCGCGAGGGCCGGCGAUAGCGGACGAGACGACGUGCAGGCCCGGCCUCUGCCCAGCCAGCGCGCGGGAAGCUACCAGUCGAGUGCAGCGUACGGACGAGAGGCUGUGAGCACACCGCCUGGCAGCUCGGCUGGAGGAGGAGGUUCGGCACAGGAUCGGCUUAAGCAGCGACUCUGGGGAGGUGCGAGAACGACGAGCCCCGCGUCGGGAGGAAACCAAGGACCUUUCCAACCGCCAGGCAGGGGCGGCGGCGGCUCAGGCGACUACGAGGACAGAUUCGCUCCGGGCGGCAUGUACGAUGGAGGCGGCGCAGGCGGAGGUGGAGGCGGGGGCGGAGGCAGUCCUUAUGGUGGUGGCGGAGGCGGUGGACGGCCAACGGGGCUUCCCAGCGGACCCAGACGAACAGGACUCCCAAGCGGUCCUCGCAUGAGAUAA